GAGCCGAUAAUUCGCAGGGAAGUCGCUUCGCAUCCCAAGUCUUUGUACUAGCUCUCACUGUAAUAGAAUCGUCAGCCAAAAGCCGGUGCGAUGGACAUCGCAGGGGGUACAUGUGUGUAUCACUGUGCGGCGAGUCCUUUACCUAUUUCACCGACAGUAAUCCCCAAAAUCGAGGGCUUAGCACGUCGGGCGUUGGCUUCAAGGUCACGAUGGCAUUCCUCGUUUUUGUAUUGUUUGUCUUCACCCCUAGGGCUGGCGAGACUUUCCACGACAAGGCUUGCUUUUUAUUCUCGAGUCAUAGCUUGAGAAUUUCAACUUUCUCUAUUAGUGGCUCAAUAUUCUCGUCUAUUUCGCUUUCACUAACUAUCUUAUGACUCAAAAAAGCGUCACUGAAAGGAGUUCGUACAUGAGCCUACUAACCGACUCUACCAUUGCAAUUUCGGUGAUGUGAAAUGAAAUCUUCACAAGCCAUCAGAUGAAUGAGCGUCUAUCUGAC